UUUCUAGCUAACCCUAAACCCCACCAUAUUUCUAUCACAUUCUCUUUUCUUUUUUUCUUUUUCAUUUUCCUAAUAAAAACUAUAGCUAAGCUAUAAGAAACCAAGACUUUCUCCACUAUAAAUUACCAGCAGGUUAAGAGUAUAAUCAAGCCAAAAAAGAAGGGAAGAAAAAAAAGAAAAAAACUAGCUAUGGAUUGUUUUGGUGGCAAGAAAAGGGGCAAUCGUGAGAAAGAUUUUAGAGGGUUAGUAGAAAAGCUAAAGCUUCUUCAAGAGGAAAUCAAAGGUAUAAUGUGUGAAAGAGAGAAGGAGAGUAAAGCUUAUGAAAGAGAUAAUAUGGUUUUUACAUUUAAAGAAAGUGAAUGGAAGCAAGAAAAAAAGAAAAUUAAAGAAGAAAUGAAGAGAUUGAAAAUUAUGUUGGAAGAGAAAGAAGAGAAAAUUAGAGUACUAUCAAUGGAAGAUAAAAAUGAGAACAAAAAUUGGGUAUUUUCUUCUGUUAAUUCUAGUUUCUUGGUGGAGCAAAUGAGGGAAGAGAGAGUGUGGAGAGAUGAAGCUGUGGAUAAAUGGAAGAAACUGUAUCUUGCUAUCAAGAUUGAGCUCGAUGACCUUAUUCAACGAACUCAUCGUGGAGAUGGAUUAUAUUGGAAAGCAGAAGAGGAGGAGAUGAUUGAAGAGCUGAAGAUGGAAGUGAAAGUAAAGGAUGAAACAAUUGCAGAGCUAAAAGCUAAAUUAGUCUUAGCAGAGCAUGAAGAGUACAAGAGAGCAAGAGAAGUUGAUAUAUUAAGGCAAAGUUUGAGAAUUAUGAGUAGUAAGAAAUCACCAACUUAUGCACCUACCAAACCCAAGUUACCACUUGUCAAACAAGUUUGGAAAGCAUAGCUUUUCAAGUAAUAUUAAAUUUCUACCUUAUUAAAUGAAGUUCAGUGUAACAAAAACUUGUAACUCUAAGAUUGAUAUCAUUGCUUUUUCAUAUAAAUAAAUUGACAUAGUUACUUGUUUC